GGUGCCCUGUGCCUGGCUGGCGAGGGGUGGGCAAGCCACCCUGUCCCGAACCAUGCAUCACCACCUUCCCGGGCCCCGCGCCCGCACCCUGGUUCCGGCGUUGCCCCCUCCUCUUCCCGGCGAGGGGUGAUGGCACCCUGGGAGGGGCCCCGCCUGGAAGGGCCACAGACCCUCCCUCAAUAAGGGGGUGCGGGAAGGCGGGGCGCGCCGCAGGAGGGCGGGACCCCCACGCUCCUUUGCUCCUCCGCAGUGGCCGCGCACGCUCACUCGGCCGCCGGCGGGCGGGGCCGUGACGUCACCACGCCCCCCCCUCUGGCCGAGGGGCGGCGGCCGCGGACGGACGGAGCGGAGGGACAAGGGACGGAGGACCGGGACGGCGCCCAGGCCAUGCCCGGGGAAGCUGCCCGCGCCGAGCUGCCACUGCCCGAGGCGGACGGAACCGAGCCGCACACAGAUCUCACCUGUGAUGUACCUGCUGCCACCAUCCUGGGAGGGGAACAGCGGGACCCUCAUGCCCUGACCCCAGGGCCCAGCCCCCUGGCCCUUGCGUUCCUGCCCAGCAAGCCGGGUACCCGGCCCCAGCCUGAGGGAGCCAGCUGGGAUGCAGGGCCUGGCGGGGGCCCCUCAGCCUGGGCAGACCCAGCAGAGGGCAGCCUCAACCUCCUCCCUGAGGGCCUGCAUCCCCAGGCUCUGCCUGCCACGCUGGAGCCCCGGAUUGUGAUGGGCGAGGAGACAUGCCAGGCACCGCCGUCACCCAGGGCCGUCCUGCCAGCACUCAGGGAACAGGAGUUGUGCUCUCAGGAUGACCCUCCUGUGCCUUCCUGGUCCCCAGACCCUGAACCCUACUUCACCCCUCCCUCCACCCCCACCAAGGCCACCUGCACCCUACUCCUCAGCCCAGGGCUGCACAGGGACACAUGGGACCCUGAGGCAGAGCUGCUGGACUCACUGGCUUCCUCGCCCUCGGGCUCCUAUGUUACAGCGGAUGGGGACAGUGGGACUUUGUCACCCUCCUGUUCCCUCAGCCUGCUGGCCCCCACCGAAGGGCUGGACUUUCCCUCAGGCUGGAGCCUCUCCCAGCCGGAGUCUGUGGCCGAGGAAUGGGAGCCGCCCCCUGCUGAGACCCCAUCCUCUGAGUCCAGCCUGUCAGGGGACAGUGGCUCUUCCUGGGGCCAGGAGGGCCACUUCUUUGACCUGGACUUCCUGGCCAAUGACCCAAUGAUCCCUGCAGCCCUUCUGCCCUUUCAGGGUAGCCUCAUCUUCCAAGUGGAGUCGGUGGAGGUGACACCACUACCCGCUGAGGAGGAGGAGGAAGAGGUGGCAGCUGACACCCCAGCACCAGCUGGGGAAGCAGCUGGAGAGGAUGAGGACAGCACCUCGGCCUCCUUCCUGCAAUCACUGUCUGACCUGUCCAUCACCGAGGGCAUGGAUGAAGCCUUUGCCUUCCGGGAUGACACUUCAGCAGCCUCCUCGGACUCGGACUCAGCGUCCUAUGCAGGGGCUGACGAUGACAGGCUGUACAGCGGGGAGCCCCACGCCCAACCCAGCGUGCUGUUGCUGGACACUGGCCAGAAGGCAGAGCAGGAGUGUGCAGACAGGGCUGUGUUCUGGGCAGCAGAGGCCAUGGGGACAGUCCGCACCCCUCAGGUCCCAGAGGGAGAAGCCUGUCUCAGCCAGAGCCAAGAAUCAAUCACAGGAGUCAUGGAAGAGGGCCUGGCUUCUAGCCAGGAGCCUGCAGCUGCUGUAACCCCUCACACUGGGCAAGCAACCCCUGGGCUGACCCCUCAGGUUGACUCUGUGGCUGGACGAGCACCUGCCACCUGGGCACCAGCUCACCCCACCCAGGAUAAGAAGGGCACUGCCGUAGGCCAGCCACCUGAUUGCACAGAGGCAAAGCCAGCUCUGCAGGAAGCAAUAGGCAGCACCAUGUGCCCAGAGUCUCCUGAGCCCAGGGGACACCAAGAAGCCCCAGGUCUCCCUGGAGGCCUGGAGUCUGUGGCUGUAGCCACACUGAGGCUCCUGCAGGCUGAAGGGGACAACCCAUUACCCCAGGAGUCUCCCAAAUCUGCACUUCCAUCCCUACUAGACGAAGAUUCCAUCUCAGACCUAGAGUUUGUGGCUGCAGCCAUGCUGGGGUCUCAGAAGGCUGAAGGGAACCUCCCUUUACCCCAGGACUCUUCCGAGUCUGCACUUCUGCCCCUGGUGGAUGAAGAUCCCAUCUCAGAGCAAGAGCUUGUGGCUGCAGCCACGCUGAGGCCCCUGCAGGCUGAAGGAGGCAACCCGUUACCCCAGGACUCUCCCAAGUCUGCAUUUCCAUCCCCGCUGGAUGAAGAUCCAACCUUGGGCAUAGAGUGUGUGACUGCAGCCACGCUGGAGUCCCAAGAGGCGGAAGGGGGCAUCCUGUUACUCCAGGACUCUCCUGAGUCUUCACCUCCAACUCUGCAAGAUGAAGAUCCUACCCCAGACCCAAAGUCCAUGGCUGCAGUCACACUGGGGCCCCUGCAGGCUGGAGGGGGUACCCUGUUACCCCAGGACUCUCCCAAGUCUUCUUCACCUUUGUCUCUGCAAGAUGCAGAUCCCAUCCCAGGCCCAGAGUUCAUGGCUGCGGUCACACCAGGGUCCCUGCAGACUGAAGGGGGCACCCCGUUACCCCAGGAGCCUCCCAAGUCUGCACUUCCACCCCUGCUGGAUGAAGAUUCCAUCUCAGACCUAGAGUUUGUGGCUGCAGCCAUGCUGGGGUCCCAGAAGGCUGAAGGGGAUGUCCCGUUACCCCAGGACCCUCCGGAGCCAGAGUUUCUGCCCCUGCUAGAGGAAGAUCCCACCUCAGGACAGGAACCCAUGGCUAUGGUCAUGCUGGAGUCCCAGAAGGCUGAAGGGGGUGUCCUGUUAGCCCAGGACUCUCCUGAGACACAGCUUCCACCUCUGCUGAAUGAAGAUCUCAUCCCAGAGCAAGAGCUUGUGGCUGCAGCCACGCUGAGGCCCCUGCAGGCUGAAGGAGGCAACCCGUUACCCCAGGACUCUCCCAAGUCUGCAUUUCCAUCCCCGCUGGACGAAGAUCCAACCUUAGGCCUAGAGUGUGUGACUGCAGCCACACUGGAGUCCCAAGAGGCGGAAGGGGGCAUCCUGUUACUCCAGGACUCUCCUGAGUCUUCACCUCCAACUCUGCAAGAUGAAGAUCCUACCCCAGACCCAAAGUCCAUGGCUGCAGUCACACUGGGGCCCCUGCAGGCUGGAGGGGGUACCCUGUUACCCCAGGACUCUCCCAAGUCUUCUUCACCUUUGUCUCUGCAAGAUGCAGAUCCCAUCCCAGGCCCAGAGUUCAUGGCUGCGGUCACACCAGGGUCCCUGCAGACUGAAGGGGGCACCCCGUUACCCCAGGACUCUCCUGAAUCUGCACUUCUGCCCCUGUUGGACAAAGAUUCCAUCUCAGACCUAGAGGCUGUGGCGGCGGCCACGCUGAGGCCCCUGCAAGCUGAAGGGGGUGUCCCGUUACCCCAGGACCCUCCUGAGUCUGCACUUCCACCCCUGCUGGACAAAGAUCCCAUCUCAGACUUAGAGGUUGUGGCGGCGGCCACGCUGAGGCCCCUGCAGACUAAAGUUAGAGUUCCGUUACCCCAGGACUCUCCUGAGUCCUCACCUCCAUCUCUGCAAGAUGAAGAUCCCACUCCAGGCCCAAAGCCUAUGGCUGCAGUAUUGGGGCCCCUGCAGUCUGGAGGGGGUGUCCUGUUACCCCAGAACUCUCCUGAGACAGAGCUUCUGCCCCUACUGGAUGAAGAUCUUGCCUCGAGACAGGAGCCCAUGGCUAUGGUCAUGCUGGGGUCCCUGCAGGCUGAAGGGGGUGUCCUGUUACUCCAGGACUCUCCUGAGACAGAGCUUCCACUCCUGCUGGAUGAAGAUCCCAUCCCAGAGCAAGAGUGUGUGGCUGCAGUCCCUCUGGGGUCCCAGAAGGCUGAAGGGGGCGUCCGGUUACCCCAGGAGUCUCCAGACUCUUCACCUCCGCCUCUGCAAGAUGAAGGUCACAUCUCAGGCCUGGAGGCUGUGGCUACACUGGCCUCCCAAGAGGCUGGAGGGGGUGUCCCGUUACCCCAGGACUCUCAUGAAGCUCCUCUUCUACCCCUGGAAGACGAAUCUCCCACCUCAGACCCAGAGGUCAUGGCUGUAGCCAUUCAAGGCCCUCUACAGGCCAAACAGGGCAUCUCCUUACCCCAGGACCCUCCAGAACCGUCUCCACCUCUUCAAGAUGAAGAUUCCAUCUCCAGCCUGGAGACCAUAGCUGUGGCCACACCAAGGGCCCCCAAGGCUGAAGCAGGCUGUACCCCAGGGAGCAAGGCUGUGGCCUCUCUGGCCCAACAGGAAUUAGGCGUGGCCUCAGGACAGAAGCCUGUGCCCAAGGAGUGGGCUGCAGCACCCCUUAGUGACCCAGAGCCUGUGGCCUUGAACCAGGCUCCCCAGGAUGGCCCCAAGCCAGUGGCAGAGGCUGGAGAGCUUAGGCCUCAGAGGGAAGGGACAGGUCCCAACCUGGACACAAAGGCUCCCAACCGCCCUACGGCUGCCCUUGGUCCCGCAGAAGAAGGCGCUCCAGGCCUACCUCCUGCAGAAAAGGAAGCCCAAGUACCCACAGGUGAUGGGGCUGAGACCUGCCUGCCUCCAGAGGAGGCCCAUGGGCCUAAGAACCAGAGGGCUAGGGGUCCCAAGGCACCAACGCAGGGACAGGGACCUAGGUCAGCUCCCCGAGGUGCAAGGGGGGCUCCCAAAACCCUUUGUGCCACCUACCCUGAAGCCAGCCAGGUGCAGCCCCAGAGCCCAAGCAGAGAAGGCAGGGCCCUGGGAGGAAAGGGCACCCCAGCAUCCAGGCUCCCCACAGCUCUAGUGGCUGAGGCCCAGCAGGGCUCCUGCCUAGGGUCUCCAGCCAGGGCCAUGUCCAGCCCCAAAAAGCCUGGCCCAUCGGCACCAUCCUCCCCACAGCAGGAGCCUGUGCCGGGCAGUGGCCAGCGGCCCCUGGCCACCCCAAGUCUCCUUAGCCCAUCCCCUCCAUCACACCCCAGAACCCCGAACCGGGGCCCACCCAGUGAGCCCCGCAGCAGGCUCCUGGACCCCAACCCCUCUGCUCCUGGUGCCUCUCGCCCACAUCGGGGUCCCCGGGAUGACUCCAUGGAGGGGGUGGAGCCCCUAGCCUCUCGGGGUCCCCCGCAACCCCGAGUGGGAGCCCAGCGGGUCACCGCUGCCUCAGGAACCACACAGCCUCGGGGAGCUGGGCAGCACGUUGGCCUGGCGCCCCAGCCCCCCCUUCUCAGCCCCAAGGCGGCUCCCGCAGAUGCCAAAGAGCCAGCCUCUCGGACCUCACCCCCCUGCCAAGUGCCUCCUCCCUCGGGGUCCCGGGGCUCACGCCGUCCUCAAGGGCCCCCAGCCUCCGAGCAGCAAGCAGACGAGGACAGCCUGGAAGAAGACUCCCCGAGGGCCCCAGGCUCUGGUCAGCACUCAGACAGCCACGGGGAGUCGUCAGCCGAGCUGGAUGAGCAGGACGUCCCAGCUCCUCAUGCACAGCGCCCAGCCCAGGCCCCGACAGGCAGCAGUGAGGAGACCAUCGCCAAAGCCAAGCAGAGCCGCAGUGAGAAAAAAGCUCGGAAGGCCAUGUCCAAGCUGGGCCUGCGGCAGAUCCAGGGUGUCACAAGGAUCACCAUCCAGAAGUCCAAGAACAUCCUCUUCGUCAUCGCCAAGCCUGAUGUCUUCAAGAGCCCUGCCUCCGAUACCUACGUGGUCUUUGGGGAGGCCAAGAUCGAGGACCUGUCCCAGCAAGUGCACAAAGCUGCGGCAGAGAAGUUCAAGGUGCCCUCAGAAUCCCUGGCCCUGGUCCCAGAGUCAGCACCUGGACCCCAGCUGAGGCCGGAGUGUGAAGAGGAGGAGGAGGAGGAAGAAGAGGUGGACGAGUCAGGGCUGGAGCUGCGUGACAUCGAGCUGGUGAUGGCACAGGCCAACGUGUCCAGGGCUAAGGCUGUGCGGGCGCUGAGGGACAACCACAGUGACAUCGUCAACGCCAUCAUGGAGCUGACAAUGUAGCUGCCACCCGAGCCAUGUCCACCCUGCCCUCCCCAGUGCUGCUACCCAAUAAAUGGUGUCCCGACGCAUUGUCA